UCUGGAACUGGAACGGACCCGACCCGACAUUGAGCUGGGCACGAAUGCUGGUCAGAGUCGGAUAUUAGUUGGAGGGUGCCGGAUGCCACGCGAGCGGGCGAGCGAGGGAGGUGGCAGUCAGAGAGAGAGAGCAGGUCGUCGGAGUCCACGACGGGGAGAACACGAUCUCGGGCGGCCCACGGGCCGAGGCCAUUGCAGGGCCAGUCCGGAGCAGGGCAGAGGGAUCGGGCAGCCGGGAUUUGGUGCGAGCGGAUGAAGACCGGAAGAAGGGAGGAGGGGGCCAGCAGGAGGUUUAGAGAGAUUCCUCGUUUGCAGCGGUGAGCGAGAGGCUGGUCCAUGCAGUCGUUGUUUUGGUUGGUGCCUCCGGUGGCUCUGCGGCUCGAAGGUGCAGCAAUUUCGCCAGCAGAAGUAUGAGCGGGGUGCGCCAGGCCAAUUCGACAUGGUGAUCCGCGGUCGGGCUUGUUUCGCCGGGCCGACACCCGGGCCUUCGAUUCGCGACGCGCACGGGAUCUGGACUAAUCGCCAUUUCAAUCGAGGAGGAGGAGCAGGAGGAGGAGCAGUAGCAGCAGCAGCAGCAGCGGCAGGAGCGGACGCAGGAGGUGCGGUGAGUGAGCAGGCGGAGGAGGAAUAGGUGGUGCUGGUGCUGGUGGUGGUUUUGGGUCGGGUUGGAGGUGGCAAUUGUUCGUUUGAGCUCCAUCCUCUUCUUCCCCGCUCAUCAUCGUGUUGGAGUCUUGGCACUUUCUUGUUCGUCGGUCUGGAUUCGGGACCUGCUUGCUAUGGAUGAGGCCACGCCUCAUAUGAAUGGAGCGGCCUCGUUCUUGCACGGGGCUGCCCGAGAUGCAAUGUCUAUGCAGCCGAGCGUCAAACUCUCCAGGAAUGCCUCGGAGAUUGCGAGCAAAGUUAGCGAGGAAUCUGAAAGCUCUCGGUCGCACAAGCCCUUGACGUUGUACAGAGUGAUUCGGGGCAUCUUGUGUCUCAUGAUUUUACUGUCGACGGCAUUUGUGACUUUGAUCAUACUGGGCCCCAUUACUUUCAUCGUUUUGAGACUGUACAGCGUGCACACGAGCAGGCAGUCGAUAGGAUUCAUCUUCGGGCACUGGCUCUCUCUGUGGCCUUACUUAUUCGAAAAGAUCAACGGGACGAAGGUGGUAUUUACUGGGGAAAAAGUUCCAGUCGCGGAACGAGCUAUGGUGAUGUGCAAUCAUCGCACCGAAGUCGACUGGAUGUACAUAUGGAACUUGGCGGUUAGGAAGAAACAAAUUGGGUUCACGAAGUACGCUUUGAAGAGCAGUGUCCGAAAUGUGCCGAUAUUUGGCUGGGCUUUCCAUGUCCUAGAGUUCCUCCCUCUGGACAGGAAGUGGGAGCUGGAUGCUCCUGUCAUCGAGUCCUACCUCAAGAGUUUCGAAGAUCCCGUAGAUCCAUUUUGGUUCGUACUUUUUCCCGAGGGCACAGAUUUCACAGAAGAGAAAUUGAUUCGGGGAAACGUUUACGCCAAGCAGCUUGGCCUUCCUGGCGACCUGCACCACGUCCUUCUUCCACGAACAAAAGGUUUCACGGCUUGCUUGCCCCUCCUCACCGAGUCUGUCAACGCUGUAUACGACCUUACUAUGGCGUACAAGCAUCGCUGCCCGCUUUUCAUCGACAACCUCUUUGGGAUCGAUCCUGCGGAAGUACACAUUCAUGUGCGUCGGAUCCCUAUAAAGGAAAUUCCGACUUCAGAGGAGGAAGCAUCGACGUGGCUCUAUGAUGCUUUCUACAGAAAGGACCAACUGCUGAUCGACUUCCACAGAGACGGUUCCUUUCCGAAUGAGAUCGACGAAGGGCAGUUAGAUUCGCGAGGAUUCUUGAUCCGACUAGCAAUUUUCACAGUUUCGAGCCUGUUGGUGUUGAGGUUUGCGCUUUUCCAAUAUUGGUGGUUACGAGUUUACGUAGCAUUUAGUUGUGUCGCCCUCCCCGCCUUGACGUUCUUCAACAUUAAACCCGCCCCCUUGUCACAUUUCAGAUAGUCGAGAAGAAAUCCCCAGAACCAUGAUGAUGAUAGGUCUAUGGGGCCACCAGUCCUGUGAGAUAAGAGUUGGAGCUCUGGUGGCCUCAUAUGCAGUACCUCUAGUUCUGUAAGAGAUUGUCGUAGUGAGUGAGUGCGUGGGUAGGCCAUAACCUGGUUCUCACUGCAGUCGCUGUCUUAGAAUACAGGUCUGUUUACAGCGCAUUACAGACUCCGAAGCCUCGGUUGGCUUUUAGUAAUGCAAGACGAUAGGAGACGAGGGCAAAAGCCGCAUGUCGUAUCCACGAGCAUGGUGCAGAUAUAGUCCACUGUAGAUUUUGUAAGAAGUAUCAGCUAUUGCUCCAUUUUUCUCAUCCCCACAAUUAUUGGAUUUCCUUCACAUUGUAAGGAUACCUCGGUCGUAGAGAAUGUAGCUGGUCAGGCAAAUCCGGAAGAUACUCAAGCGUCCACCUCAAACAAUCACACUCUCUUGUCGGUGGCACAGCUCCACCAUAUCCACUGGGAACUAGUUGUACUUUAUUCAGGAAUUGGACCUGGUCAAUCAGUGGCGAAGUCCACACUUUCUUCUGAGCAUGUGAUGCGUUUUCAGGA